UAUGAAUUUAAUCACAUCAAAACCCUAGACCAUUCAUAGUUCUUGAAACUGGAAUCGGUAAUUACGAUGCAAAUCUGUUCAAUAAACUCGUCAAUCGUGCCACUACAUGCUUCCUUCGUUCAUCAGAAUUCCUUAAGACUUCAUCACUUUCCUUCCUUAGCUGAAUUGUCAACGCAGAAUUCGCAACUGCGAAUUCAUCGGAGUAUCAAAAGAUACUCGAUUCAAUGUUCGGUAGAAGAAACAAAACCGGUGAGCUUGAGAACUUGUAAGCAAUGUAAAACACAAUUCGAUCCUUCUCUCAAUCAUCCCCAAGCGUGUCGUUUUCACACUGCGCAUUUUGGCGGAGAAACCAAGAGGAAAUUCGAGAGUAUCCUUUUGACAUUGGCUGCACUGCUUCUCCACAUUCUUCAUAUGAUGAUUGAUACAAAAGGCAAAAUGACAAUUUUGCCCUCAACCUCAAAUUUAUACAUGCUCUGCCCAUCUCAUGAGUUGUACGAUUUGGUCAAUUUUGCCCUCAGCCUUCGUAUUGGAGACAUGUACUUUGGCUAGUCAUGCAAAAAUGUUGUAGAUGCAAUGUGUAUAUCUUUAAUAAUUAUUGUAAUUUGCAAAAUAUAAAAAGUUUUUAUGUAAUUUGUGAGAUAUUGAUAUUAUAGCAUCAUUUGGUUCACGAUUAGUUUGUUGAUUGCUUGGUCGAAUGGGUUACAAUUUGUAAGAUAUUCUCAAUUAGGGUUCAGUCUCAUUUUAUUAUAC